AUGUCGUUCACAUAUCUACUGUGUUUUGGACUCCUCAUUCUGAAGACUGAGGGUUUAGUAAAUCUAGCCCAGUUAACGCCAUACAGGGGCACCCCAUCACAAAGCUCAACAUAUCCUGGUAAUCCCUGGACUGCAGAUAAAGCGGUGGACGGUCAUCUGGAAGUUAACAGAGAUGAGACUACGUGUAGUUUUACACAGAAUUAUAGGUUUAAUGAAGCAUGGUGGAAAUUCCCUUUACUGAUCGAUUCCAACGUGGCUUACUUGGAGAUUCAGUUUAGACAAGGAAGUGUUCACAGUCAAACCGGGUUUUCUGUGUAUGUAUUCAAUGACACGUCGUACACUCCACCUUCUAUUGAUGGACUUCUAUUUUCACACGAUCCAGCGACAUGUCCUAAUCAGCUGAUGAAUGUUACCGUCAAUAGAGUAACAAGAGGCAUAGCUCUAUACAACUCUAGAAAAUCCCCUCUACAGACCAGCUGUACGAAUUAUAACAGAGAUCAUGCGACCAUUGAAAUUUGUGAAGUCCGUGUUAUGGGAUGUCAAGCUAAACACUACGGACCAAACUGCACCUUCUGUGAUCGGAAAUGUUUAGAUAACCAAUGUGACGCUUUUGAUGGUUCAUGCAUUUAUGGUUGUAAAAAUCCGACCAUGAAACCACCACAUUGCAACGUUCCAGAAUGCCUAGAUGGUUAUUUCGGCACACCGUGUAGGAAAUGUGGUAACUGCUUAAACCAAGCACCAUGUGACAAGAACACUGGGGAAUGUCAGAGAUGUAAACAACACUGGGAAUUACCACACUGUUCUGUGUGUGAAGACGGGUUCUACGACUUGAAUUGUUCCCAAUCAUGCGGACAUUGUGAGGCAGGAACGAUAUGUGAGAAAGUGAAAGGGGGAGUGCCCAAGAGGAUGUCAAGGUCACUGGAUUAG